GUUAGUGGGGCAAAUAAGUAAAUCAUUACGGUUUCUAAAAUGUUUAAUUAGAUCCGUCGAGCUGUCUCUCCCGACCAUUAUAAACCCAUGAUAUAUAGUCAUAUCUUUUAGUUUACUUUUUGCACUGAACUGUAUUAGAAGCAAUGAAUCUAAACUACCAAUAUGGAAUAUAAAAAAUAUCUAAUUAUAUUGAUCAAUAUCUUGUGUAUUCACGGUAAAAAUUGGUACCUUGCAUCUGAUAAUAGUAAUUUUAAAAUAUUUGAAUCACGAAUAAAUCAAAAACAAGACAAAAUAAGAAGAUUUAUCCCACUGAAUGCAGAAGAUCGCGGCUUAAUAAAUAAGAAGAAUAUUAAGUCCACAGUACAUGAUUAUUACUACGCCGACAUACGAGGCUUUACGCCUUCUGAUCCCUUGCACAUAUCAAAUCUUCUAAAAUCAUCAACUCGGACAGCACUGAGGACUGAUAGUGUACCAAAUAAUACGUAUAUAAAUAUAAAUAAUACUGUCCCCGGCAAUAAUAUAAUUCAAAUGAACCGAUCCAAACGAAGAAACGAAAAGAGACGAUGUGCGCAAAGAUCAAAGAAAAAGCGUUUUAAUUCAAAAGGUCAGAACAGAUUUUUAGAUGUAUUUGAAGUGGUGGAAUUCGACCACGUGACGUGUUCGGCUCUUAACGGAUUCGAAGGGACUUGUCUACAUGAAUAUGAUUGUCAAAAAGUAGGUGGAAGAACGAUGGGAACUUGUGCUGACGGUUAUGGAACAUGUUGUGUUAUGCAAUUUACUUGCGACGAACGUUCCUCAUCUCCUAGUGUAUGGUUCACUAAUCCUGGAUAUCCUACACCAAGUCCUGAUAGGCUUUCUUGUUCCUUUACAUUAGACAAAUAUUUUGAUGAAGUGAAGCAAAUACGACUGGAUUUUAUAAGUUUUGAGAUUUUACCGCCUACAGCGGGAAGUUGUGAGCAGGAUCAGUUUUUAGUAACAGGACAAAAUGUAAAUAAUGUUAUACCUAUCCUUUGUGGUAUAAAUUCUGGACAACACGUGUAUAUAGAAGUUUCAAACGCAGAGGGUCCAGUAGUUCUUUCAUUUCAGACAAUAUCGGAAGAACAUCGCUUGUUCUCUAUUAAGGUAACUCAAUUGAUUUCCUCUGACAAUUUAAAAGCUCCUUCAGGAUGUUUACAAUACUACAAGGAAGAACACGGGUAUCUAGAAUCAUUUAACUACCGUGACAUAUCCGAAAUAGGAAUUACAAGGAUAUCUAGUUACAUGAACUACCUGAAUUAUGCUAUAUGCAUAGAACGCGCAAAUGCCUUCUGUAGUAUAACGUACAACAACGUCGGGGAUAUGCAAAUUAUCAACUAUGAUACUGCAGGUCUGCCUGUAAUUCCACCGCGACAAGCAGGUGUUGAAAUAUUCGACUGUCCGAGCGACUGGCUACUGAUAGCCGCCGUCCGACUGUGCGGCGAACGUCUUAAUGAUGGUUCUAUUCUACAGGAUUUUACUUUGGAUGCGCCCGUGACAGAUGAUGGAGCGGGGCCAAUCGUAAUAUGGUUCAGAACUGACGGAAUAUACGCCGGUCGGGGUUUCAAACUAACCUAUCAACAAAAUGCUUGUACUAAAUAAUUAAUACAAUUACUCUUUAUAAUUUGAAUU